UUUGCGUUUCGUAUACGUAGGAACGCUAAUGUGUAAAUGUGUUUAGAAUUGUUGUAUGUGUGAUUUGGUUGUAUGUUUGCCAUUUGUGUUGCCAUUGCGCCGCUGUUUAAAACAGCAAAUUUGAUGGCUUGACUGUGUAUUUGUGAAUUGAGUGACUACAAUUGGAAAAAAUGGCAACAUUAGCGCAUCAAGCAGCAGCUCUUUUAGACUUCAAUCAGAAGUUGGAUAUUGGGCUGUUGGACAGUGUGGUUGUUAGUAUGUAUGCGGGGAAUGGAGAAACACAGCGUGUAGCACAAGAAGUUUUAACUACACUGAAGGAACAUCCCGAUGCCUGGACUCGUGUUGAUACUAUUUUAGAAUAUUCCACAAAUCAACAAACUAAAUAUUAUGCUUUACAAAUUUUAGAACAAGUUAUAAAAACCAGAUGGAAAGUUUUACCCCGAAAUCAGUGUGAAGGGAUAAAGAAGUACAUUGUAGCAUUAAUAAUAAAAACAAGUUCAGAUCCUCAGCUACUGGAAGAGAACAAGACAUACCUAAACAAACUGAAUAUGAUCUUAGUUCAAAUAUUGAAAAGAGAAUGGCCUAAAAAUUGGGAAUCGUUUAUUCCCGAUAUCGUGGGCGCCAGUAAAACGAACGAAUCUCUUUGUCAGAAUAACAUGAACAUUUUGAAAUUACUGAGUGAAGAACUGUUCGAUUUUUCUUCUGGGCAGAUCACACAAACGAAGGCGAAACAUUUGAAGGACUCUAUGUGUUCUGAAUUUUCCCAGAUAUUCCAGUUGUGCCAGUUUGUACUCGAAAAUUCGCAAAAUCCACCCCUGGUCUGCGCCACGCUGGAAACAUUAUUAAGAUUCCUCAACUGGAUCCCACUUGGUUACAUUUUCGAAACUAAAUUGAUAAACACGUUGAUUUUUAAAUUUUUGCCUGUUCCCUUAUUUAGGAAUGUUACAUUGAAAUGUCUGACGGAAAUCGCUGGUGUUACUGUAAGUAAUUACGACGAAAUGUUUGUGACACUGUUCAGUCAAACCAUGGCCCAACUGGAGGUGAUGUUGCCCUCUCAAAUAGACAUUAGAAGCGCCUACGCUAUGGGCCAAGACCAAGAGCAAAACUUUAUACAGAAUUUGGCCAUGUUCCUGUGCACGUUCCUUAAAGAACAUGGCAAUUUAGCUGAACAGAACGAACCCUUGUUAAAGAACGCUCUACACUACUUGCUGCUCAUUUCUGCUGUGGACGAAGUAGAAAUAUUCAAAAUUUGUUUAGAAUAUUGGAACGUGCUGACGGGUGAGUUGUAUAGAGAAGUUCCGUAUGGGGGCGCGCAGCCUAUAUUCUUCGGAGGAACUCGCAGGGCCUUGUAUCAAGAUUGCCUGAAACGCCUGCGUUAUAUAAUGAUCUCUCGAAUGGCUAAGCCCGAAGAAGUUCUAGUUGUGGAAAACGACAACGGCGAAGUGGUUCGCGAGUUCAUGAAGGACACGGACUCUAUAAAUUUGUACAAGAGCAUGCGCGAAACUCUUGUAUAUCUCACCCACUUGGACUAUGUCGACACUUUACGUAUAAUGACAGAGAAGCUGCAGAAUCAAGUGAACGGCUCCGAAUGGUCCUGGAAGAAUCUGAACACUUUGUGCUGGGCUAUCGGGAGCAUUUCGGGGGCUAUGCACGAAGAAGACGAGAAACGUUUUCUUGUAACUGUAAUUAAAGAUCUCCUGGGACUUUGCGAGCAAAAACGAAAUAAGGACAACAAAGCGAUAAUCGCGUCGAAUAUAAUGUACGUUGUGGGGCAGUAUCCGCGCUUCUUACGCGCUCAUUGGAAAUUUCUGAAAACGGUCGUUAAUAAGUUGUUUGAGUUCAUGCACGAAACGCACGAUGGAGUGCAGGACAUGGCCUGUGACACAUUCAUUAAGAUUGCCCUUAAAUGUCGCAGGCACUUUGUAACAACGCAAAUCGGCGAGACGUGCCCCUUCAUCGAAGAUAUUCUGGCCUCGAUAUCGACGAUAAUCUGCGACCUGCAGACGCAACAAGUUCAUACCUUCUACGAAGCCGUCGGUUAUAUGAUCUCCGCGCAGGUUGACACUGCUGCCCAAGAAGCACUGAUUGAGAAAUACAUGUUGCUUCCUAACCAGGUAUGGGAUGAUAUAAUAUCUCAAGCAAGCAAAAAUGUAGACGUUCUUAAGGAAAUUGACGUUGUCAAACAGCUAGGUAGUAUUUUGAAGACCAAUGUAAGAGCCUGCAAAGCCCUCAACCAUGCUUAUGUGGUCCAGCUGGGGAGAAUAUACCUCGACAUGUUAAAUGUGUAUAAGGUCAUGUCCGGGAACAUAACUGCAGCAAUAGCGCUGAAUGGGGAGCAAGUUACAAAACAGCCCCUGAUCAAGAGCAUGAGGGUUGUCAAGAAAGAAACGUUGAAGUUAAUCUCGGAUUGGAUAAUGAGAUCGAAUGAUCAUGUUAUGGUGCUCGAAAAUUUCAUUCCGCCCCUCCUGGACGCUGUACUUCUGGACUACCAGAGGACGGCCGUUCCAUCGGCGAGAGAACCGGAAGUUCUUAGUGCCAUGGCCACUAUUGUCAACAAACUCGAGGAUGAUAUCACAUCAGAGAUCCCAAAAAUUUUCGACGCCGUGUUCGAGUGUACGCUGGCAAUGAUAAACAAAGACUUUGAGGAGUACCCAGAACACAGGACCAACUUUUUCCUACUCUUACAAGCAGUCAACAACUACUGCUUCCCCGCCUUCCUAAGCAUACCGCCGGCCCAGUUCAAGCUCGUUCUGGACAGCAUUAUCUGGGCAUUCAAACAUACAAUGCGUAACGUGGCCGACACCGGCCUCCAGAUCCUCCAACGACUCCUGCAGAAUUUCGAAUUGAACGGACAGCCAGCCUCGAGUUUUUACCAGACAUAUCUCACGGAUAUCUUACAACACAUCUUCUCUGUUGUGACCGAUUCGUCGCACACGGCGAGCCUAUCAAUGCACGCGAAUAUUCUGGCGAUGAUCUUUAUGCUAGUGGAUACGGGAAGGAUCAGGUGUCAACUAGGACCGACGCCAGACAACGUCUUGUACCUGCAGGAAUUUACCGGAUCGCUUCUAAGGUCCGCAUUCCCUCAUCUAACCGACAACCAAAUCAAAAUCACGGUCCAAGGAUUCUUCUCGCUUCACCAAGACAUACCCGCAUUUAAGGAGCAUUUGAGAGACUUCCUGGUGCAAAUAAGAGAAUACACCGGUGAAGAUGACUCGGACUUAUACUUAGAAGAGAGAGAAAAAGCACUCCAGUUGGCAGAAGCUGAAAAGAAACGAUAUCAAAAGUUGGUACCAGGGAUUUUAAAUCCUCAUGAGAUACCAGAGGAGAUGCAAGAUUAGCCCGGUUAGUGCGUCCCAAUGCUGGUCGAAAGUAAAAGAACGAAAAUAUCGAAAUACAACACACAAUAAUAUUUUUGUAAAAUUCUUCUAUUUAACAUGAAAAAAAAUUGGAAAACAAAAAAACGAAAUUUAUGCAAUACAGUUUCAGCAUCGUUACGGAAAUGAAAAGGCAGCAGCAGCAUCAGUAAUAGCAGCAGCAGCAUCGAUUUUAUUUUGUAAAAUUUGACUAGUUGUACUUUUCUUUUUUUUUUUGUAAAAAAAUAUAAUUACAAUCAUAAUAAAAUCUAUUGAAACUCUUAGUAAUAUGUAAAUAAGUUUAAACUGUAUUGCAUUUAUUCAACAAUCGUUGUGAAAUAUUAGUAAUUAAAGAUAAAAGAAAUGAUACACGUG